AUGUUAUCAUAUUCCGAUAAUAUUAUCUUUAUAGGAGAUCAAAGGUGGAAAUGUAUAGUGACACCAUGCCUAGAAUUACAAAAUGAAUAUAAUUAUAGUACAUUACAUCGUAAACUAGUUGAUACACUUACGCAAUUAUUAUCUCAGUUUCCAAAUGCAAAGACAUUUUCUAAACUUGAUGAUGAUGGUCUUAUUCAUCCACAUUUGUAUUAUGAUCUUGUAAACAAAUUUGAAUCAAAUAACUACGCUGGUUUAUUAACUGAUUAUAUAGUUGAGGUAACAUCGCAUAAAUUUAUUUUUAUGCGAGGUGUAUUUUAUAUGUUUGGAAGAGAAUUAGCUGAAUGUUUUUUACGUAAUAAUCUUAUUCCUGAAUCUGCUUCUAUUGGUGAAGAUAUAUUUUUUGGUAAAAUAGUUUCAAAUUAUUGUAAUCCAAAAUUCAUAGAUCUUAAUGAUGCUAAUAUGAUUUGGCAUAAAGGAUAUAAUUUGG